AUGAGUACUGGAAAAGAUAUUCUUUGUCGAAAGAUCCAAGCUCUGCUGGACCAUCGUCGCAGGGAGGGGCGGUUGUAUGAGCCAGCCUCGACCGACGAGUUCGAAGGGACAGUGGACUUUGGCUCCAACGAUACACUGUCCCUUUCGAGCUCUGGAAUAUUGACCCAGGCCUUUCUGCAUCAACUUGAAAGACACCCUCACUUCACUGUCGGAAGUACUGCCGCGCGUGCCUUUGAAGGCACAAAGCAGUAUUUGGUAGAUAUUGAGCGUGACAUGUCUCAUUUACAUGGCGCUGAAACUGGUUUGUUCUUCCCGUCUGGGUAUGAUGCCAACAUGGCUAUUUGGUCGUCCAUUCCGCAGCCUGGAGACUUCAUUGUCUUCGAUGAGCUAGUGCAUUCUAGCAUUCGCGAGGGGAUGCGACUCGGACGUGCGAAGAGCAUCCCAUUCUGUCAUAACAACUGCCUUUCCUUGCGACAGUGUUUAGAGGAACUCCACAGUCAGAGCACUGAAGUGGCCGAGGGAAGACAGGUCGUGUUUAUUGCAGUCGAGUCAAUAUAUAGCAUGGAUGGUGAUGUGGCGCCUCUUCAUGAGAUUAUAAAGGUGGCAUAUGACGCUCUGCCACGAGGCAACUAUGUGCUUUCUAUCGAUGAGGCUCAUUCCAAUGGAAUAGUUGGCCCCAAUGGAUCAGGGAUGCUCUGUGAAUACGGCCUGGAGGACGAGUUUGCCAUCAGACUACACACUUGUGGGAAAGCUCUGGGAUCGGCAGGAGCGGUGGUCCUAUGCAACGAGACAAUCAAGCAAGGCAUCAUCAACUAUGCACGAAACGUCAUAUUCACCACUGCACCAAGCUUUGUGACUGUAGCCGCUGUUCGAGCCGGCUAUGAAAUCCUGACGUCGGAAGAAGGACGCAAGCGCCGGAGCCGUCUGCAGCAAAAUAUAUGGUACUUCUACUGGACGUUGACGAGACAUCCUAGAUGGGAAGAGAUCAAGCAGCGAGGCAUCCUUUAUCUGCCUACUGAGAAGACAUGGUAUACCAGAUCAUUCAAGUCCCCCAUAGUGCCAGUUAUCACCAAGGCCGGACAGGCCAACAAUCUAUGCAAGAUGCUGCGGAGAGCCCGGUAUUGGGUGAACUCGGUGGAAUACCCCAGUGUGCCCAAGGGCACAGGUCGAGUCCGGCUUAUGAUACACGCAGAUAAUACUCGAGAAGAGAUGGACGGGGUAAUCCAGUUGAUAAUGAAAUGGGCUGCAGACCGUGCAGGGCCGGCUGAGCCGGUCGAAUUGAUGGCGAAGAUGUGA